ACGUACUUUUAAAAAAAAAAAAAAAAUCAAAUUAGACUCAUAUAUUUUCAUAUUCGUGAAACCCGAAGCCGGGAUCAGGUCGCACCGGUCAAACGCAAACCCUUAAUUUAGCGUUCUGAACUUCGAAUCGCUCGCGUCGCCACCAGAAACAACCAACGUCCUUCCUUCAACACCUCUCUCUCGGUGUUCCUUUGUUCGAAGUUGAUCGUAUCGCUGCCGUCAAUCAGUCGCCGUUUUGCUGCAAUCUUCUGUCACGUUCUCACAACUCAUCGCCUCCGCAGUAGCCUUUUUCACUCACCAAUAACCAGCGCCGGAGUCUGGUUUUGCUGCCAUCUUCAUCGCGGCGCUAACAUUGGCCGGAGCCGCCGCUUCACCAGCCGCAUUCGCAAGGGAUUACCGCCAUAGGGGCCUCUAAUUAGAUAGAUGCAUCUUUUCCUUUGGCUUCAUUGAGUUUUGGGUCAUCAAAAUGCUGCUUUCAAAAUUGAAACAUUUCAAGGUAACUUACAGUGCAGUUGAUAUUUCGUAUAGCUUCCUUCGCAAAUCAUUCUGCGACAUUGUGUCACUCAACAGUGAUGACCCAACUACCAGCAUGACUGAGUCUCCUGAGCUUCCGGGUUGGAUUAAGUUUUCCGAGACAGAGAAUAACCCAGUUACUACUAAUGGUAGUAAUCAUCCAGAGGAUGAGGAUUUUUUGCUUCCUACAAUUUCUCACUGGGUUGAGAAUCACAAGUUUCAGGAUCAAAAGUUCCCCAAUUCUUCCGAAGGUAUAUUAAGUGAUAGUGUCAUCAACAAUGAUGUCGAUAAAAUUAGUAAAAUUCUAAGUAAGCCGUUUCGUUCUCCUGAUGAUGUUUUGCAAGGUUUAAAUGGUUGUGCUAGUGUUGAUGUAUCAGAAAGUCUAGUUCAGCAACUAUUGAAACGAUUUAGUAACCAAUGGAUAUCAGCUUUUGGGUUUUUCAAGUGGGCUAAAUUGCAAAUGGGGUUCAACCAUCCACCAGAUUCAUAUAACUCUAUGGUGGAUAUAUUGGGGAAAUCGAAGAAAUUUGAGCUCAUGUGGGAGUUGAUGGAAGAAAUGGAUGAACUAGGAGGUUGUAUUACGUUGGUCACUAUGACUAAGGUUAUGAGAAGACUUGCAAGGAGUGGUAGGUAUGAAGAUGCAAUAGAGGCAUUUAGAAAGAUGGAGCAAUUUGGUGUGAUGAAGGACGUUGCGGCAGUUAAUGCACUUAUGGAUGCAUUAGUGAAGGAGCAGAGUGUUGAGCAUGCUCAAAAUGUGUUCAUAGAGUUCAAGAAUUACAUACCUCCAAAUCCUCAUACUUUUAAUAUAUUAAUACACGGUUGGUGCAAAGUUAGGCAAAUGGACAGAGCUAGGAAGACUAUGGAAGAGAUGGAAAAUCAUGGGUUCCAUCCCGAUGUAUUGUCUUAUACUUGUUUCAUUGAAGCCUAUUGUCGCGAUAAAGAUUUUCGCAAAGUUGAUGCUGUACUGGAGGAAAUGCAACAAAAGGGUUGCCCUCCAAAUGCUGUGACUUAUACUAUUGUACUGCAUGCAUUUGGGAAGGCAAAGGAAAUUAAUAAAGCAAUUGAGGUUUACAAGAAGAUGAAGCGGGACGGUUGCAUUCUUGAUUCUUGGUCUUAUAGCUCUUUGAUUUACAUUCUAAGUAGUGCUGGUAGGCUUAGGGAUGCUUGUGACAUAUUUGAGGAUAUGCCAAAUCAUGGGGUUACUCCUGAUAUCUUGACAUAUAAUACCAUGAUCACUGCUGCUUGUAACCAUUCGCGAGAAGAGGAUGCUUUGAAGCUGCUUCAGAGAAUGGAAGAGAGCCAUUGCAAGCCUGAUCUCAAGACUUAUCAUCCCUUGUUGAAAAUGUGCUGCAGAAAGAAAAGAAUCAAGGUGCUAUCCUUCUUGUUAAGCCACAUGUUAAAAAAUGAUGUUAGUCUUGAACUUGGGACUUACUCCCUGCUGGUGCAGGGGCUACGUAAGAGUGGCAAACUUGAACAUGCUUGUUCUUAUUUCGAGGAAAUGGUGUCGAGAGGAUUUAUUCCCAGGGUUUCCACAUACGAGAUGCUAAUAGAAGAACUUGCAAGAAAAGGCAUGGAAAAAGCAAAGAAACAGAUUGAAGAGCUAAUGUUGAGAUCAAGGGGUUGAACAGGUGACUUUGUGCCUAUUCAUAAAUUUUGUAGUUACAAGGGAUUACAAUGCUUAAUUGAGAAUGCAUGGGUUUCACAUAAGAGAUGCUAGUAGAAGAACUUGCAAGAAAAGGCUUGGAAAAAAGCAAAGAAAUGGAUUGAAGAAAUAAUGUUACAGGCAAAGAAGCAAGGGAAAAAUCAAGUCAACCUACCCGGAUGCUUGUUGAGAUCCAGGUUGAAUAGGUCUAUCGCGCUGCAGUCUGUAUGUUUUUCUCUUUAUGUGCCUUAUUUUAGGCAUAUGCAUUCUUGUUUGAUCCCAUUAUGUUCUUUGCUUUGUAGUGAUUGUUUCCUUUAUUUAGGGUUCUCUAAUUUUUAACUUUUUUUGCCUAGUCCCCUACUAUCUAAUUUGCUAAUAGUUGUGAGAAAAUUGACGAAAAAUAAAGAGAGAAAAGUAGUUUUAAAUACUAUGUGUGGUUUUGAUUUCAAGUCAAUUAACUAUUUGGGGUUUAGUUGAAUGGAUAUUUUUGUAUUUUCUGGUCUCAUAUAGUAAAAUAUCCAAUUUCAAGAUUUUAGUUUCUUUACUUUUAUAAACAUUUAUUAGUAACUGAAUGAAUUAGUGUAUGCUUCUCUGUCCUUAUUUAUUAUUUCCAGAAUAAUAUUCGGAACAUAUUUGUUAUUCCUUGUCUAAUUUUCCUUCUUGAGGUUUUCUGAGUUCUUGUAUAAUUUGUUUUAAAAUGUUAGUUGGUGUAUAGACAGUGAUUUUCUUUUUUCAGCUGGUGAAUACUUUGGAGGAAUAGCUGCUUAGAGAAGGAGCCAUGUACAAUUAAGAAAAGCAAAACAGUUUGAGUGUCAUCAUAACCUGAUUUAUAUGCUAAUCAAUCAAAAUUAUCCAUCAUUUCACACAUGAAAACAUGUCUCAGUGGAAAUGAGAAUUUCUCAUUGCUUGUGUUUCCUAAUCCUUUUAUCUCACCUAAAGGCACUGAAAAAUUAAGCAAAAAUACGGAGCAUGUCCGGCAAGGGAGAGACGAUCUUGAUAACCCUGAAGUUAUUGUUAGCAUAUAUGAUACCACGAUUUAUGGUAUAACUUACCAUAAUAGCAGAGAUUUGACUAUGCAUAUGUUAGCGUAUAUGAUAACCAUUAUUUAUGGAAUGACUUACCAUAAUAGCAAAGAUUUGACUAUGCUAUAGAAUAUGCCAUAGAAUAUGCUUUAGAAUAAGUUGUGAUUUGAUUUAGAUUUGAUUUAGUUUCCUUUCUUGUAAUAUGAGCAUGUGCUCAUUUUAUCUAUAAAUACUAGAGUUGUGAAUGAGUAAUUUGUCUCAUUCAAGCCUUUACGCAAUUCUCUCCUUUCUCUUCUUUUUAUCAGAGCUAACACCUUUCCACACCUUUCAGCAGCCUUGCUACUUGUGUGACAGCUACCUUAGGCUGUUUGUGACAUCGUGUGACGUUACCUACACAUGUUUUUUUGUGUUGCUGUUUUGUGGUCGAAAACAGGUAUUUUUAAGUUUUACAAUUUCUUUUUUACUCUUCUAGGGUGGGUAAAUUGGGAUAGUUGGUUUCCAACACCUAGAAGGGCUUGGGUAAAAAAAAAAAUAGUCUACAAAGUGGUUCCGGAUAUUAAGAAGGAGGCUGUCUGGUUAUAUGAAAGCGGGCAGCGCUCCUUAAAAAAUGUAUGUAUUUGGAUUUUUUGGGAAUGGUCUGAGGAGACAUUGUUAUUGUUUAUUGUCUGAGGAGACCAUUUGAUUUUAUUAACAGAAUUUGUGGUGCUUUUGGAGUUUUUUAUUGUCGUGUGAUAGAUUAUGGCAGAUUCAGGGUCUUCGACUGUUAAUUCUCUUGGCUCAAGUUCUGUGGGUGGUGGUGCCAUUUUUCCCACCAACUCAUCAGAAAAUCCAGGACUUUAAAUCACCACAGUGAAGUUGGAUGGUUCAAAUUAUUUGAUUUGGGCACAGUCUGCCAAGAUGUUCAUUGGUGGCAAAGGCAAGAUUUGCUAUAUUACUGGUUCUAAUAAAGAGCCAGCUGAGUCAGAGAAGGCAUAUCCACAGUUGUUUACAGAUAACGCUAUGGUUAUGUCUUGGCUAGUCAAUUUGAGGCAACCAAACACAGCUGUUGGCUAUAUGUUUAUGAAGACUGCUAAGUAAAUUUGGGAUUCAGUUCAACGCACUUAUUCUUAGAGGUAGAAUAAUGCACGAAUUUUCCAGUUGGGGCGAGAUAUCACCAGGAUUUCUCAGGUUGACUUGACAGUUUCAGGUUACAUCGCCAAGCUUCGUGCUAUUUGGGAGGAGAUGUCAUAUUAUGAUUCCUUCCACUCUUGGAAGGAUCCAGAUGAUGCAGUUUAUAUGCAGGGAUUGUGGAGAAGAAUCGAGUGUUUCAGAUUCUUGCCGAGUUGAACGACGAGUUUAAGUAUGCUUGUGUUCAUUUAUUGAGCUUAUCUUCAUUCCCUACUCUUGAGGAUGCAUACUCAUAUGUGUUGUAAGAUGAGAGCCGCCGGACUCAUCCAUUAGGUGUUGCUUCUAUUGAUCGUUCUGCUAUGGCAGUUCGGGUUCCCAACCUUUCAGGAACUUCACCAUCCCAGUCAGUUCAGAGCACUACCACUGGUCCUCCUCUGGGACGACAACGUGGAUGGUGUGACCAUUGUGGAAAAAUUGGUCACAUCAAAUCUUGUUGUUAUGCUCUACAUGGACGUCCACCGCAACAGAAACAACAGCCUCGAUCUUCUGCACAUUCUGUUACAUAACCAGUCUCGUUGUCAACUCCUGACAACCUUGCCUCUACAUCUUCUGCCACAGUUACCUUGAAUCAAGCUCAUUUGGACAAGUUCAAGCAAUUCUUCAACCAAAUGGAGGCAUCAUCUCAACCAACCUCCACUUAUGCCCACUCAGGUACUAUUGCGUCUGCACAUAGCGUAUCUACAUCUUCGACACCAUGGAUCAUUGAUUCUGGUGCUUUAGACAAUAUGACUGGUAUGUCCUCACUCUUCCAAUCUUAUAGUAUCUGCUCUGGCUAAUGCAAGGUCCGCCUUAGGGAUGGCUCUCCAUCUUCCAUUGCUGGGAAGGGUCACAUAUCAAUUACUCCAUUAACUUUGUCAGAUACACUUCAUGUUCCAAAGUUGAUUACAAAUCUUAUUUCUGUUAGUAGCAUUACCAAACAAUUAAAUUGUAAUGUAACGUUCUUUCCCUCUCAUUGUAUU